UGAUGUUACUGGCUGUUUGGUUAAACUUGAUGGGUUAUGGACACCCCAUUCAAGGUCAGCAGUGGCAGUUAGUAACGAUGGCGACCAUAGCAGAGCUGAAAUCUGCGUUAAAAGAGACGCUGGAGUCGAGAGGCGUCCUGGGACAGCUGAAAGCCCGAAUCAGAGCCGAGGUGUUUAACGCGCUGGACGACGAGAGCGAGUCGAGGCCCCCUCUAUCCCACGAGAAUCUGCUCAUCAACGAGCUGAUCCGCGAAUACCUGGAGUUUAACAAAUACCGCUACACCGCCUCCGUAUUGACAGCAGAGUCUGGUCAGCCCGAGGUACCCCUGGACAGGGAGUUCAUGGCGAAUGAGCUGAAUGUGGUGGAAGACCCCAGCUCCAAAUCUGUACCUCUCCUCUAUGGGAUGCUUUCCCAUUUUCUUAAUGACAGUAAGGGGGAGAAAGGUGGAAUGACGUUCCUGAGGGGUCCGUCUGUGCCCGGCUCCAAAGAAAACGGGUUCAGUCAGCCAAAUAUUCCAGAGCUGGGGCAGGUGGCUGGACCAAGCAGCACAGAACCUUUCACGCUGCGUGGUGGGUACAGAUGACAGGGCUUCCUCACAGUGGAGUCAUGUUUCAUUUUAAAUCACAGUAACAUGGGUAGAUCUUCCCACAAUCCACCCAUGGAUAAGACACAAACAUAUAUAUUUUUUUUUAAAGGGGUGGUAAAAUAAAUAAAUUUAAAAAAGGACUAUUCAGGUUUACAGUGUGAAAUACACAAAUUGAGUGAGUGGAGAUUGUGGGUGCAAAUCCAAGGCCAGAUUUGGGUAGCUGGGUUUUUUUUAUUUAUAAUUUCUUUUACAAUGGGCUUUUAACAGAUAUUCCAAAGGACAGACAGCAAACUGUUCCUGUUGAACAGGAUUGAGGAAAAAGACAUGUAUGUUGGAACCAUGCGAUUCUGUAUGCGCACAAAUUCUGAGACUGUUGUGGUUUAAAUGUAGGAAUGUUUAAUAUGUUUGCAAAUGUAAUAGUUUUUUUUUUUUUUAUGUAAAAAAUUACUU